CGUGGAUUGUGAACGUGUAGAAGGACAACAAGAGCUCCCUGUUCCCCUCAGCUGUAAUGGCUACGUCGACCCAACCUCGGGGGAAAUGUGAUUUCUGUGCCAACAAUUCGCAGUAUACUUGCCCUCGCUGCAACGCGCAAUACUGCUCCUCAAAAUGCUAUAAGCACCAGGGUCAUGCUAAAUGUUCUGAGGCCUUUUACCUCAGUAUGGUUAAAGAGGAGCUUCGAAGUGGAACCGUACCAGAAGAAUCGCGUAAAAAAAUGAUGGAAAUCCUUCAACGAGUGAAUGCUGGGGAAUCCGUUAUGGGGGAGGAAGAGGAUGAAUCUCUUGAUUCAGAUGAUGAUGAGAACUUGGCUGUUAGAAUGGCAGAUGUGGACCUUAAUGAUAGCGAUGCAAUAUGGAAGAAACUUACCGAGGAGGAGCGUCAAGAGUUCCGUGAACUCAUUGACAAAGGGGGAUUUGAAGAUCUGAUUCCACCUUGGAUUCCCUGGUGGGAUCAGCAUGUGCCAAAAGUUCAAGUGAUUGAACCAGGAAGCCAGUCUACUCAGUCAUCUUUGGCAUAUACUGUUGGAUGUCCUAUAAUGGUUGAAGUUCCCAUGCUUAGUGAAGUAACGAAAACGUCUCCUUCACCAUGCAUUCCAUUUAAUAUCCUGAAUGUGUUGGCUGCAUAUGCAUGGACAGUGCGUCUCUUCAAUGGGGACCACCAGGAAAGCAGUUUGGAUGCCACAGAGGCUGUACUCUCACUGUCAACAGUGUUAUCAGCUAAUGCAAAUUUUGAGGAAGCAGCAAUUGCAGUUGAGAGCCCUAAAAUGGAAGCACAGAAUCAUCCCUGGUUAAUGGAGAGUGAAGAGUUUGCCAACACUGUUCGGAAUGAUGUGUUGAAGAUUCUUCAGGGUCCUGUCGCGGCUGACCGAACUUAUUACGUCAGGGCUGCCAUCUCGGAAAUUCAUGUGCUCUUACACACCUCCAAAGCAAACCUUUCAAAGAAGAAAAAACCUGCUGGAGGAAGAAAGGGGCUAUUCACUUCAUCAUUUAUGGAGGGAAAUAACGACAUAGAGCUGAAGAUUACAACUCUGCCAACAGUCAAGUUAGCUAUUAAGAAAGUUGAGUUUUUACUCUCCUUUGUAAAGGAGUAUUCUGAAGCUUUGUUGAGCAUUUCUCUUCUCUAA